GCGAAAUCAUAUUUUCUCUCGUGUGUUUUAGCUGCUGACAUUAAAGAUUUGCUGCCAGGUCCAGAAAAUGUUCUCAGGCACAGGGCACUGUGGUUUCUUGUGAACAGUGAUGAAAAGGUUGAAGGUGUUGCCAAAGAUGUGGAGCCAUCAAAACAAUCUGCCAUUGCAAAUAGCCGCUCUCCAGAAGACAGACCCAAUCCCUUAAAGUAUCUAGCCAUGUCCAGCCCAAAGUAUACUGUCUACACAGAUAGUGAACUUGAACAAGCCCGUUCAUCCUACUUUGAACAAAAACGCCUUGGUUCCACCACUUCUGACUUGUCCAAGGAACUCUUCUGCAGACUGAUUAGAAACACCAUGACAAACAUGGUGUCCAUUGCAAGAGCCCUUGAAGACUCAAGGUACCCUUCCAAACAUGAGGUUGACACUGUGGCGAAAAGAUUAGUCGAGUAUUAUCCAAUGUUAAAGGGGAAAAAAACACCUGAGAGUGAAUGGGGGCAUGUCACCAAGAAGCUCAUAAAGAGGCUCUCAAACAUCAAAAGCCCAAAAAAAGCCAGUGCACCUUUCAAGAAACGUCGCAUGAACUAUGAAGAGUCUUGCUCAACAGACUUUGAUGAAAUCUUAACUGGAUCAAGCCAAGCAUCCACCAUCAUUCUGGAGAAGUCCCCUGCUGCUGCCAGCACUCCAGAGCCCCCUCCAGACAGCAGUGAAGAUGAUGCUGGGGGUUCUGCUGACACUGACGUCCUGGACAGUCAGAAGAGCCAAGUCAGACACUAUAAUACCCUCCAAGAGAUGUACAAGGCUAAAAAGGCAAAUAAAGCUGCUGUCAGCCACUUGCUCAACCUGGAAUUUGACUCAAGACGAUGCUUCAUCACAUCAGAUGUUCUAAAAGACGAUGACAGGCCAUCAACAUUUUUUUAUGUUUACCCUUGUUUCAAAGAAUUCGACCAUGCAAGUACAACUUCCUUAAACUAGUUACUCUACUUUUACUGUGCUUUAAGCAGUUAGCAUUUUUUCCAGGUACUAGAUGAGAUGUAGAGAGAAUUAUUCAACCAAAAAACUCCAACUACACUGCUGAGACUAGGGACAGAUGGGAAAACUUUUUUUCAAAAGUCAAGUUCUAUGGGGUAAUGAAGAAAGCCAUGAAGCCUCCAAAGACACUCAAUAG